GGUGGUCGAACGGUGGUAAUACCGUAAGAUAGUCAUCCCAUUGAUAAACAAUUGAUAAAUUACCAUCAAUUAUCUUAGAUCUUCAUCAACAUGUCCUCUCUACUCUCCAAGUCGUUUGAUGCACUAAGGAUCUCGACCCCGGAUUCAAUCAGGCAACGACCAAUUAAACUUGUUCGUCCGAAGAAGCAGCUUCAUGUCCAGUUUUACGGAUACGCGAUCUCUCAUGAAUGGCUUGUCCGGUCUGGGGAGCAAUACUGCCCAGAAGCAUUGCCCGAUCGCUGUGACAGGGGCUAUGAAGACACUGCCAUCUCACGAGCAUACGAAUAAGUUGU